AAAAUGGCGGAGCGUAUGAUUGGGGUAAUAUCAGGUCAUCGCUAUCGCCGAUAAUCAACAGACUGGUCAAGUUUGUCGUGCCGAUGGAUCAACCCAUACGAUAGGUAUUACUCGCCACCAGGGACCGGGAACCAACAACAACAUCUGAGCUAGGCCGAUCAACUCAGAGAUGGAUUUCCUGCGUUCGAUUGUCCGUCCUGGCGAGACGUAUGCCUUACUGAAAUUUAGACUGGGACGAUGUCAGUCUAUAAUUCCUAAACUAGACUAUAAUUUGAUGACACCGUCUGCCAAGCAAUGCUAUAACUAUUUGAGCCAGACAAGCAGGAGUUUUGCGGCCGUUAUCCAGGCCCUGGAGGGGGAUUUAAGACAUGCUGUAUGCAUAUUUUACUUAGUACUAAGGGCAUUGGACACGGUGGAAGACGAUAUGACUAUACCACUAGACAGGAAAAUACCAAUGCUCAAAGCAUUUUAUAAAUAUCUCAAUGAACCAGAAUGGAGGUUUAUGGAAAGUCAAGAAAAGGAUAAAAUUGUAUUGGAAGACUUCCCCACAAUAUCAGCUGAAUUUCGAUCACUUGAUCCUAUUUACCAAGAUGUUAUACGUGAUAUUUGUCGUGAAAUGGGUGCUGGAAUGACUCUUUACUUACAGAAGGAAGUGCUGACAAAUGCAGACUGGGAUGAGUACUGCCAUUAUGUAGCUGGUCUGGUUGGUAUUGGUCUAUCAAGGUUGUUCUCAGCUUCCAAGCUAGAAGACAAAGUUGUAGGAGAAGACACUUAUUUAUCUAAUUCUAUGGGAUUAUUUCUACAAAAAACUAACAUUAUCAGAGAUUACCUUGAAGAUAUUUUGGAAGGAAGAAAAUUUUGGCCAAAAGAGACUUGGAGCAAAUACACUGAGAAUCUUGAAGAUUUGAAGAAGAGUGAACAUUUUGAGAAGUCAGUUAAUUGUCUAAAUGAUUUAGUCACUAAUGCUUUGAAGCAUGUGCCAGAUGUACUCCAAUACAUGUCAAGAAUUCACAAUCAAAGUGUCUUUAAUUUCUGUGCAAUACCCCAG